UGUUUUCCGAGGAGCCCUGAACGCACCACGAGAUCUGACAGCUCCCCAGACCAACAUGGCGGCUGCUGCUAGCUGAGCUCGACCAGUCAACUGCUCCAGUCUUUUGUUGUUAUUCUCACACAGCUGUCAGGAAACAAACCACAUCCAAGGAGACACACUGGGAACGACUGUCGCAACGUGUUCCCCUCCACAUUUCCUGGUUUUUAUCCAGCUGUUGUCCGGUAUGUGAAUGUGAGUGGACUGACACUGGACUGAAGGCUUCUUCUGGUUUCCUCACCUUCUCUACCUACAGAUAUGUUUCACAGGUAAUCUCAGGCCUCUCUGUGAACCAGCCCCUCAUCCACCCCGGCUGAUGAUGUCAUCACCACCACCACCACCAGCUAAGCCCUCCGCCACCUCCCUCUCCCCGGGGUCACAGGUUCGACCCUCGUCUGCCCUGGACUCCCUGUCCAUAUCGUCCCUCCUGUCUGGGGACUUAGACGAUGAAGGUGACGGAGGAAGAGGGGAUGAGGAAGGGCUGGGAGACCUAGAAGUGAACCCUUACGACGGUUUGCCCUUUUCUUCACGUUACUACGCCCUGCUGGAGGAGAGGCGUCAGUUUCCCAUCUGGAGACUCAGGCAGAGUCUGCUGGAGCACCUGGAGAGCCACAGCAUGCUGCUGAUCAGUGCACCGAGUGGAGCUGGAAAAAGCACCCAGGUGCCACAGUGGUGCGUGGAGUACGCUUUGUCCUAUGAGUUUUCUCAGGGCCUGGUGUGUUGUUCUCAGCCCCAUUCGGUGACGGCGGUGAGUCUGGCCCUUCGCGUGGCUGAUGAGAUGGACCUCAGCCUGGGUCUGGAGGUGGGCUACAGGGUGUCUCACGAUGACAGCUGUACACCCGACACCCUGCUCAGGUUCGUCAGUGACACUCUCCUGCUAGAGGAAAUGAUGUCCGACCCUCUGCUGCAUCAGUAUGGCAUCGUGGUGUUGGACGAGCUCCAGGAGCGUACCGUGCCCACCGACGUGCUGCUGGGCCUGCUGUGUGACGUCUGCCGGCAGAGGUCAGACAACUUCCGUGUGGUUCUCCUCGCUCACCCGACGCUGGCGCCUCGGCUCUCCACCUUCCUGGGACCAACUGUCCCUCACCUCUCCCUGGACAGCGUGCUCACUGACCCCCCUACCAGAGACCGGGAAGAGGGGAGUGAGAAGGUGGAGGGGGACAGUACGGGGGACAGUAAGACUGUUGAGUUGAACAAGGUGGAGAUAAUGUACCGGGAGCUUUCGUCUGGGAAGGAACCGGCGGCUGCUGCCUGUCACAUGGUGCUGGAUCUGCAUAGAAGAGGAGAGGAAGGAGAUGUGAUGGUGUUUUUGGCGAGUGCACAGGAAACAGAAGAGUGUGUGGUCCUGCUGGAGAAGGAGUGUGUAGCUCUGAGUCCUCAGCUCGGUCCUCUCAGGAUCCUCCCCCUCCAUGCUGGACUGGGUGGGCUGACCCAGCGGGUCUACGAAUCCAACCCCGAAGCUUCUACGCUGCGGGAGAAUGACAGCUCCCAGAGCGCGGAUGGCUCGGUGCUGGGGGUCAAAAGGAAGGUUAUCCUUUCAGAUAGCCUCGCAGAGGCUUCCUUCUCCCUGCCAGCUAUUCGCUACGUCAUAGACACGGGCCUUCAACUCAAAACUGUUUACAAUACACAAAUACGAGCUAACUCGCAGGUCGUGAGGUCGAUCAGCAAACACCAGGCCGACAUGAGAACUCAAAGGGUGAACAGCCGCCUUCCAGGUCUGUGUCUCCGUCUUUACCCUCAGUCUCUGUAUGAUGGGAUGGAGGAGGCUCAUUGUCCGGGGGUGGAAGAGGAAAACCUCAGCCACUUGGUGCUGUUGCUCAAGAGGCUUGAUAUUGCAGACAUGGGACAGUGCAAGUUCCUGGACAGACCAGCCCCAGAGGCUCUAAUGCAGGCUCUGGAGGACCUGGACUACCUGGCAGCACUGGACGAUGAUGGUAAUCUGUCAGAGGUGGGCAUCAUAAUGUCAGAGCUGCCGCUGGAGCCACCGCUGGCCAAAGCCCUGAUCGCUGCCUGCGAGUACGACUGUGUUGAUGAGCUGCUCACUAUAGCUGCCAUGCUCACGGCUCCCUCCUGCUUCGUGACAGCAGACCCCAGCAGAGAGGAAACCGCCAUCACACACUGGCGACCUCUGAUGCAUGCAGAGGGAGACCACAUGACUCUUAUUAAUAUUUAUAAUACCUUCAUAGAGCAUAAUCAGGACGAGGCAUGGUGCACGACAAACUUCCUCAGUCACGCCUCCUUACGAUUGGCCGUGGUGAUCAGGGCGGAGCUGCUGGAGGUGAUGCAGCGAAUAGAGCUUCCCGUUUCUCCUCCUGCUUUCGGAUGCCAAGACAACUGCACGAACAUCAAGCGUGCUCUCAUCUCAGGCUUCUUCCUCAAAGUGGCUCACGAUGUGGACGGCUCAGGUAACUACCUCCUGCUAACUCACCGCCACGUGGCUCACCUGCAUCCCUUCUCGUCCUACCGGUGUCGCCAGCCGUGCCCCAGUCCCCCGAGCUGGGUCCUCUACCACGAGUUCACCAUCUCCUGCGAUAACUGCAUCCGCAUCGCUUCCGAAGUCCACCCUCAGAUGCUUGUGGAGUUGGCUCCUCAGUACUACCUGGGAAACCUGCCAUCGAGUGACGGCAAAGAGCUGCUCAUGGAGCUGAGGCAGAGUCUGGAGCCCCAUUCAUACGGGUCGGACGGAGUGUCAGACGAGCACAGCAGGACUCACAGAGAUGCAGACGGGACGGGAGAGGCUCACAAUGAGUCCGGCACCGAGCUCUGUGUUGUUCAAUGAGACGGAAGAAGAGACGGAGCGAUUCAGGAGAAAACAGCUGUCACUUUAUUGUUUGAUCUGAGAUUUGGUACUUUGUAUGAAUUAGUCUGAAAUCUCAUUUAAGGUUAAAUCAUUUUGAUGUGUGAUUUUUCAAAUGGACUUUUACUGGAAAACAGUAAUGUACAGUAAUGUAUUGUUAAUAUAUCUUAUAUGCAAUGGCUUUGGAAAAUAUUCAAACCUCUUCAUUUUGUCCUUGUUGUGCUAUGGAUUGAAUUAAUUUAAAUUUUACUUUGAAUAUGUUUUUAUUUAAUGAGGGAUAUCUGUGUUCCUGUUUCUGUAAUUCUACAAAAAUAGUCUAAUAAUAGUCUGUUAUCUCACUUUAGGGUGUUGUGUGCACAGCGGCACAGAAACAUUGAUCUUAAAUUUAGCAAAACACAAAUUUGAAAAAGUGAAGUGGAUGAAACACUUUAUCAAACCCAUGAAGUGUCAUUUUUAUUAAAAAUAUUACACAUAUUUCAGCUAAAAGCUAUCCGCACUACUUCAGUGAGCAGGGACCCUGAUAUUGGUUGACCUUUGACCUCUAUGCAGAUGCCCAUGAACAGACAGCCUCUCAGGGCUCACUGUGAUCUGAUGAGAUACUGCAGCAGUGAUGCACAGAGCUUCUAUUUUCAACUUUUUGAUACUGUUUGUAUAAUGUUUGGGUUUCCUCCUUAGAUUCUGCCUUUUUUCUCUCCUAUUUAAUAGGAUAUGUCUGUCAAUACAGUACUUCAAUAUUUCAAAUAAAUAUGUGGUUUUUCAUGUUUGAAA